AUGCACACGGAUUCCAAUGCAAGCUUUAUCGUAGAGGACGAACAGCUGGAAGCGAGCGUGGUGGAGACGUACAUGGGCGAGUGGAAGAAUGAUAAGCGAUGUGGAUAUGGUAUUUCCGAGCGGAGCGAUGGAUUAAAGUACGAGGGCGAGUGGUAUGCGAAUAAGAAGUACGGUUACGGUGUGACUACAUUUAAGGACGGCACGAAGGAGGAGGGCAAAUACAAGAACAACGUGCUGAUCACGAGCCAGAAGAAGCGGCACCUGUUCCUGAUCCGCUCCGCCAAGUUCCGGGAGCGGAUAGACGCGGCGGUCGACUCCGCCCAGCGCUCCUCCAAGUACGCGCUGCAGAAGGCGGACAUUGCGAUAUCGCGCACGGCGACCGCGCGCGGCAAGGCGGAGCUGGCCGAUUCGGCCGCGGACGAGGCGCGCACCGAAUCCGACCUGGCGACGCGGCUCGCCCGCGAGCUGGCGCCCGACUUUAAUCCGUCCCUGCUGGAGCGCUUCGACCGGUUGCAGCGCAACCGGGGCUACCCACUGCCGGACAGUAUGAACCGGGGUGGCCAGGACGAGUACGGCGCGAUGCAUCGUCAGCAGCAGCAGCAGCAGCAGCAGCACAGCCAGUUCGCCAGCAAGAAGGAGCAGGAGCUGGCGAACAUGAAGAACGCCCUGAACAGCCCGUUCGGGAUGGGUGGGCCGGCGAACCAGCAGCAGCAGCAGCAGCAGCAGCAGCGCCUGUCCGCCUACUACGACCAGAAAGGACCAAACGCAGGCUCGAUGGGUGGUGGUGGACCAAAUGGACCGCUCGGUGGCACCGCGGGCAUCCAGCAUUCGUCGCUGGGCGGUGUGCACUACUCGCACGACCUGUCCGGCCAGAGCGUCGGCUCGCGGUUGAUGGGUGACGACGGGCUGCAGUCAAUGUACGGCAAACCAUCGUCGUCGUCGGCGGCGGCGGCCGCAGCCCAACAGUACGGUGCUUCCGCAGCCUACUACGGCGGGGCGAACAAGCAGCCCGCGGGCAUGAUGGCGAACGCGUCCAAGUUUUCCUACGACCAGAGCUUACCGCCGCGGGACGAUCCGAUGCUGGGCGGCGGUGCCGGUAGUGCGGCCACCCCCAGACGAACGUCCCUGUACGGCGAGCCGAGCAAGCAGAUGAACUCCCGGCCGGCGCCGUCGCUCGGUGCGAUCGGCAGCCAGUCGUCGAUAGACUACUUCGACCACUACAAGCGGCCGCCGAGCAGGGACGGGUCGGUCGAUCGGUACACGCGCGCCGCCAGCAAGCUGGGCGGGGGGCUUGGCUCGCGCCAACCCUCGGUCGAGAAGACGGGCCCGGCGUACGCGAGUGGGGCCGGGUUCGACGCUGCCGACGCGGCCGACCGGGUCAGCAGUAUGCGGCGCGGCUCGCAGCUCGGCUCGCCGCCCAACGGCUCCAUCCCGUCGGCAGUGUCCAAUGGCAGUGUGCGGCCGGGCUCGCGGGCAACCACACCGCUGCACCAGCUGCACACCGCGGACAGCCUGGGCCAGCAGCAGCAGCAGCAGCAGCAGUCGCAGCAACCGUUCGAGGAUGUGCUGCUGCGGCAGCGAACCCUCGGCCAGGACAUUAUUCCGUCGCUGACGCAGCCCAAGCGCACCGAAAGCCUCUACCUGUCGAAACCGGCCAUCAACAGCGUUCCGAUGGGUGGCGGUGGCUUCGGCGGUGGUGGCGGUGGUGGUGGUGGAGGCGGUGGAGGUGGCAUGAGAUCGAGAGGUGGUGGUGGUGGUGGCGGCGGCGGCGGUGGCAACGGUAUGGCAGCGUUUAGUAGGGAGCCCAAGCCGUGCAGAUAA